AUGGCGCAGCGCGGGGACAAGAGCGCGAAAGGCGAAAAAAACGGUUUUUUCCGAAAAAUGUACUCGUCCAUUGGCAAUUCGUCGCGGCAAUUGGCAGUGCAUCGCCAGGAAAAGGGUCAGCGCAGUGACUCGACGACCGGUAGUGGGGGCGGAUUGGGCCAUGGCAACAGCAGUAGCAACAGCAGUGGCCAUAGCAGUUUCCAGCCGAGUCACAACAGUCCGAGCGACGGCGCAACGACAACGAGCGGCCACAGUGGUAGUAGCAGCAGCAGUAGCAGUUCGACGGCGCUGCAGCACUUUGUCAAACACCACAGCUUUAAUGGCCACAUGCCGUUUACAAGGGACGAGGCGCAGCAGCGAAAUGCCGCGGGUGACUCGCAUCAGAGCAUGUUGUCCAAGCGCCCGAGUUUGAUUGUGCCGUUUUCCACGCAGCAGCAGCAAAUGGGGCUGGGCGUAGCUGCUGCUGGUACUGCUGGUGGUACGGCCGAUGGAUCGCAGACGUACUUGGACGACUUUCAAGCACCGAUUUCCAAGUCGGGCGUGCUGAUCAAACAGGCGAACCACUUUAAAACGUGGAAAAAGCGGCUGAUGGUGCUGAAAGGUCACUCGCUGUUUUACUACGUGUCGGGCACGUCUGGAGAGGACUCGUAUCCUCGUGGCGUUAUUCCGCUACAGGGCGUGCGGAUCACGCCAGUCGACUCGGCGCGGUUCAAGCGACAAAACUGUUUCGAGAUUUGUCACCCGGGAUACCGUCCUAUUUAUCUGAUGGCCAAGAGCGAGGCGGAUCUGAGCGUGUGGAUGAGCAGCUUGACGUCUGCUGCAAUGGCUACAACAGCUGACCGCAAGAUGCUGCUCGUGACGGAACCGCUGGAGUCGCUGUUUAACACGCCAGCGCUGGAAGAUGCCGUGCCGUACAAGCGGACGUUUUACUUUCGUCAGAAAGUGGCAUUUUGCAUGCCGCGAAAAGAAGAUACAGGAUACACAAUGGUGGAUCUUUUCGAUUUGAAUGAGAAGCGCUUGACGACGCUGUGCGACUUGAACAGCUACUGCGACUCGUUUCCUAUGAUCUUGGAUGAUCCACAGCUCUUUGUGGAACUGUUGCAUGUCGUGGGUUGCUACAUCUUCCGGCCGUUCGCCCGGCUGCAGUCGACCUCGCCUGGUAAUAUUUUCGUGGAGGAGCCGAAUCCGGACGAAGUGGGUGUGCUUGAGAACCCAAUGGACAAAUACUCGGAAUACACGACCGAAGAGCAGCUGUGGGGGCUCUUGUCGGCAUGUUACGACCUGUUGCUCAAGGCGAUCGAGCACAUUGACAAAUUAGAAAAGCACGUGCGCAAAGAGUUUUUCCCCUUGCGGUUUAUUGCGCAGCUUGUGAAUUUGUUCAAGACGCCAUCCUUCAAAGAACGACAGGUACUGAAGGGCGUGCUCCAUCGACUGUACUAUAAAUUAACUCAACGGCGGUCGGCUAUUCGCAAGGAGAUUGCCAAUACGUUUUACGAGUAUAUUUAUGAGACGUCGAACCAUUACGGCGUAGCAGAGUUACUGGAGAUACUAGGUAGCAUCGUCAAUGGGUUUGCGUGCCCGAUCAAGCAAGAGCACGUGGUGCUACUGGAGAAAGCGCUCAUUCCGCUGCACUCGACGCCUGCGUUCAUCUCGUACCACCAGCAGCUCGCGUACUGCAUGAUUCAGUACGUGUCGAAAGACCACACCCUGUUUACUUCGAUCGUCCGCGGCUUGAUCAAAUUCUGGCCCGUGGGCAACUCGUUCAAGGAGGUGAUCUUCAUUGUGGAGUUUGAAGAGAUGCUGGAGCACGUGUUGGCGGAGACUGAUUUCGAUGUGAUAUCGCCCAAGUUGGCACGGAAACUGGGGCAGUGCAUGGUGAGUGAUCAGUUCCAGGUCGCGGAACGCGCGAUAUCGUGCUGGAGUUCCCCGGCAUGCUUGCGCAUCAUGAAUGAGUACGAGAAGCUGGGACAAGGCAUGUUUAAUGUGAUCAAGCCGUUUCUGAAGCGGUCGAUGGCAGGGCACUGGAACACACUGAUUCAGCAAAAGGCUCAUGAGACGUACACUAUGUACUACAACAUGGGCUACGACAGCGACGACGUGACUGCUGCGUCCGUCGCACUUGUUUCGGAGGGAAAGGUAUUGGAUAGCAGUGUCAAGACGGAAGAGUCGGAUCCGGACGAGGACAGCAGCACUUCGAGCGAGGCGAACGUGUCGAUGGCUAUCCGCUUGUCGGCGUCGAGCGCAGUAGAGGCAUUAGAUAUCGUGCUGUCAGAUGAGGAAGGCGAAGAGGAUGAAAAGCCGGACGCGUUCUAG